AUGAGUUGGGAAGGGUUUAAAAAGGCUAUCAACAGAGCGGGCAACAGUGUCAUCGUGAAGAAUAUCGAUAAGACAAUUGAUAAGGAGUAUGAUAUCGAAGAACGUCGUUACAGAGUGCUACAAAGGGCCGGUGAAGCUUUGCAAAAGGAGUCCAAGGGUUAUUUGGAUUCUUUAAGAGCUGUUACAGCUUCUCAAGUUACCGUUGCUGAAGUGAUAUCUAACUUAUACGACGAUUCAAAGUACAUCAGCAGUGGUGGUUACAACGUGGGUAACUACUAUUUACAAUGCGUGCAAGAUUUCGAUUCAGAGACUGUUAAGCAGUUGGAUGGUCCAUUUAGAGAAGCAGUCCUCGACCCUGUGUCGAAAUUCUCUGGUUAUUUCAAAGAGAUCGACGAGGCAAUUAAAAAGAGAGAACACAAGAAACAGGAUUACGAUGCUGCCAAGGCUAAAGUUCGUAGGUUGGUCGAUAAACCUGCGAAGGAUGCAUCCAAGCUACCCAGAUCUGAGAAGGAAAUGGCAUUGGCGAAGGAUAUCUUUGAUAAUUUGAAUGACCAACUUAAACAGGAAUUACCACAAUUGAUUGCAUUAAGGGUACCAUACUACGAUCCAAGUUUCGAAGCUUUAGUCAAGAUCCAGCUGAGAUUUUGUACUGAUGGUUACACAAGAUUGGCCCAAAUUCAACAGUAUUUGGACCAACAAUCAAGGGACGAUUACGCAAACGGCCUGCUUGAUGAUAAGAUUGCCGACCUGUUACAACAAAUGCAAAGUUUGGAUAUAUGUGCUUUAGGAUUUAAGUAG